CUUAUUAAUUCCCUUGAGGCAAGCGAUUACAGAAAAUGUGCCAUCCGCGCAUCCACCUGCUGCCCAUGUAUAUUUACAUAUAGGUUUAAAUAUUAAAAUGUUUUCAUUAAGCAGACGCUUUUAUUCAAUACAACUUACAAAUGAGGGAGAAUUUAACAUUUUGAGUCAACAAGGUUUAAACACUGCAGUGCACAAUGAUAUCACGUACAAACGAGAACAUGAUUAAAUCUUUUUGAAUAUUUUUGCUACAUUGUAAAGGGUAUCCACAGUUGAACUCUUAUACUGAGGGUUGUUUUAAAAUAAAUGCAUUGGUACUUAUUUAACGCAUGAUGUCCCACUCGCCUACAAUUCCCAUGAUGCUACUGGCGGUCAAAUAUAAACAUUUCCGCUGACGUCAUCUUCACUAGCGCGAGUCACAGCAUGAAAUUGCAACAAAUGUUACGAGUUCAGACUUUACUUUUUUUAAACUGGGUUUUAUUUGUCGAUUCGUUUGGUCUCGUUAACGACAGUGUUUCAGUCGUAGACUAGUUUAAAGGGAAAGUGCUGUACGCUGUAGGCUAUCGAUUAAAAAACAUGAAAAGCUUGCAGUCGUAGAAUUGCAACCUUUCACAAUAGUACGUAUAGAGCUACUGCGAUACUUUUUUAUGAUUGACGAUUCGUUUGACACUUGCCUUCAGGUAACACACGAAGAACAGACUCCAAUUGUGCCAGCUGGUAUCCGGGAGCGAGUUAAGCUCCACCCUUUCUCUCUUAACCCUUAUGAACUCUUCUUAAAACCACCAAAUUUCCCUACUUUGAAGGCGGAUCAUUUGUUUAAACAUGUUUACACCAGUGUCAGUGAAAGUAAAAAAAGUAAAGUGUGUAAAUAUACACAUCUGGAGUUCAGAUUAUAGACCAAACAUUUCUAGAGCGAAAAAGUGUACAAUAUGCAUAUGUCAGAUGUUACAAAAUUAAUAUUUUAAAUAUUUUGAAAAUAUGUUUUGUUGUGCAAAUUCUGAACAAAAAAAUAUUUUAAUAUGUAAAAACACAUUUAAAAGACAUUUCACAAUAUGUCUUUGACAUCUUGUGCACAAUUGGUACCUUUCACUUGGCUACAAAGAAUGUACAGAAAUACGAUCCCAUCCCCUAUAGAUUCAGCAUCAGGAGUAGAUAAUUUGUUAAAGAUGUGUGGUUGUGAGGUUGUACAUUACAACUCCGCUAGGGGUGAUUUCUUUAGAAGUGCUAGUUUCUCAGAGUAAACAGAAGUGCGGCAAAAUGACAAAGUACCAUAUGGAGGGUGUAAAUGCACAACACGACCGAAUUUAAACACGACAUGUACGCUUAAUGAUGUGUUAAAUACUGAAAGGGGAGGGCUGUACUGCACUGUACUUUGUGAGAUAACGAUAAACCAAACGAUAUAGAGUUGUGUCUGCUUCUGGUCGGCUUUAAAAUGGCUAGACGAAAAGAAAGGGUUUGCUUGUUUAUAAUCCUGGCGAUAUGUGUUUUUAUCGUAGUUAUUGUCAUUAUUAUGCGUGGCUUAAGAGAGCGAUGCUCCGACGGACUUUACAAACAUGCAGCAGUCGCGGCGGAUUCAGAGACAUGUUCAAAAAUCGGCCGAGAUAUACUGCAGUCAGGCGGAUCAGCGGUAGAUGGCGCCAUUGCUACUUUGCUGUGCACGUCAAUCAUAAAUCCUCAAAGUAUGGGCAUUGGUGGAGGAUCUAUAUUCACAAUAAUGGAGAAAGGAGGCAAAGUGAGAAUCAUCAGUUGCAGAGAAACUGUCCCAAAAGUUGUUAAGUCGAACCUUCUUGCAGAAUGUUCAGGAACGUUUCAGCCGAUGUCAGGUGCUCAGUGGAUUGGUGUUCCCAUUGAGAUUCGUGGCUAUGAGCGAGCACAUAAACUUUACGGACGCCUGCCGUGGGCCAGUUUAUUUGAGCCCACUAUAAAGAUGGCUAGAGAGGGCGUCCCUGUUGGAGAUGUGCUCGCCCGAUUUCUGCCAGUUCUUUUAAAGGAGAACCCAGAAUCACCACUACGGCAGUUAUUCCAGAAUGAACAAGGGAAACUGUUAGAAAAGGGAGACAUUGUUAGAUUUGAGAAACUAGCAGAUACGUAUGAGACUAUUGCCAAACAUGGAGCAGAUGCUUUCUAUGCUGGAGACACUGGAAAAGACUUGGUCAGUGAUAUACAAGCAGCAGGUGGGACAAUUUCUAUGGAGGACUUGAAGUCUUCCAAGGUGUACGAAUCAGAUGCCUGGGAAGUCACUUUAGGACAUUAUGACAUGUACUUCCCUCCUCCACCAGCAGGGGCUGCUAUACUUAGCUUUAUACUCAACAUCAUGCUAGGUUAUAACCUAAGCCCAGAAUCUCUUCAAGGAAAAGAAAACAUUUUAACAUACCACCGUUAUGUAGAAACCUGUAAAUUUGCCAACGGACUCAAAAAGUUCAUAAAAGAUCCCAACUUUGCUUCACAAACGGAAGCAGUGGAGAUUAUUCAGAAGCAUUUUGCUGACAAAGUGAGAGCAAAAAUCAACCCUGACCGCACUCAUGAUAUCAGCUACUACAACGUGACUCCAUUCCUGGAUUCACACGGCACGACUCAUGUGUCUGUGCUGGCUGAGGAUGGUAUGGCUGUCUCUGUGACCAGCACUAUUAACUACAUAUUUGGAUCCAGAGUUUUCUCACCCAAAACAGGCAUCCUCCUCAACAAUGAACUGGUGGACUUCUGUGGGAAAUCAGAUCAAAUGUAUCCUGGGGAGCAGCCACCUUCCUCCAUGUCUCCAGUAAUCCUCUACUCCCCAUCUGAGAAGCACACAGUGGUCAUAGGGGCAUCAGGGGGAGGCAUGAUAACAACCGGUCUGGCACUGACCCUUAUGAACUUCCUGUGGUUUGGCAAGAACCUUGAAGAUUCAAUCGCUGCCCCUGUGGUGUAUGUGGACUCCAAAAACGUUCUCAACUUUGAGCCCUCCUUUGACAAGGAAGUCAUAGAGGCACUUAACAAGACUGGACACAAGUUUAAAUUCCCACAGAUAUUUUAUAAUGUGGUUAAUGCAGUAUCAAAGGAAAACAACUGCAUAGAGGCCGUAUCUGACUUAAGGAAAAUGGGAAAAGCUGCAGGCUACUGACCUGAAGUGCAGCUGGAGACUCAUAUACUCAGCUUGAUCCAUCUAUAGUACUCGGUGUUUGGAGUAUGUGAAUGUUAAGGACAAUCAAUGUGACCCAGUGUGUGAAAACCCUAGAGUCAUUUUUGGUGAUUUAUAGUUUCCACAUAAAAACAUACAUAAUUGUAAAUCUUGAUAUCUUUAAUAUUGACUAAGUUAAGGUCAUAACAAAGAUUGAAGUAAAUUGCUGAAAACAAACCUUGAUGUUCAAAAUUUCAUAAUUUUACACAGACAGGGUCACAAUAUAUACUUCCCAUACAGAUCAUAUAAAUGUAUAAUAUUGUGAAAAUGUUUAAUGGAUUGGAAGUACUCACACACAUGUAUAUACUGUAUAUGUAGUACUGUCUAUAUAUAAAGUAGGCAAAUGCUUUUUUCUAAUAGUUUGCAUAUAGGGAAAAAUGAAAACAUACUUGAAAGCAGUGUUUGAGUUUUUACACUCACCAUAUUGUCUGGAUAAUGUUAAUUUUGUGCUGUCUAACUGAGCAGACUAAUUUAUCUUUUUUUAAAGCUGUGACGGGGACAGUAAUAUCUGCCUCCAAUGUUUCUCCUCAGCAGGUAUAAUAAUUUCGUUCCUAUUUUUUGUUGUUAUGAAAGAACUAGAAGAUAUGAAGCAGCCUUUAUACGA